UGAGAAGGAAAAAAGCCCGUCAUCGGGUCACGGCGCCGACCGGAUGCCCGUCUUAGAGAAUGACGUCAUGCGCGUCCUACUCCAGCAGCUUUACUGUGCACACCUGGGACACGGCACCAUAUUGAUGCUGACCCUGGGUUUCUCCUGACUGCAGUCACAUUCGUAUUUGGCUGGACAUUCUGCACUAUGAAUCCACAUACUAUACUGGUCCCAACCUGUAGAGGGCUGCACUUUAUCCCAGCUGACAUGGCAAGAAACCAACACAAGUCACACUGUGUACUUUUCUUCACAUCAUACAGGGAGGCUGAUGUGACAGCAGAGGCCGGGUUUGCCACGAACACUCUCUCGGAAAGCAGAGCCAUAGCAACAGAAUGAAUUAAUGAACAGGACAUGAAUGCUACGUUUAACACAAGGAUGGUGCGGGUGGUGUUUCUGCAUCCAGACCUUGGUAUUGGUGGAGCUGAGCGGCUGGUGGUGGAUGCCGCCGUUGCUCUGAAGUCUCAGGGAUGCAGCGUUCAGAUCUGGACGGCCCACUAUGACCCAGCACACUGCUUCUCUGAGACCCUGGACCCAGACCUGCCUGUGGAGUGUGUGGGCGAUUGGUUGCCCACCAGUGUGUUUGGCUACCUGCAUGCCCUGUGUGCCUACCUGAGGAUGAUCUAUGUCGCUUUCUACCUGGUGUUCCUCAGCGGGGUGGAGUACGACGUCAUCUUCUGUGAUCAGGUGUCGGUGUGCAUCCCGGUGCUGCGACUGUCCCGCCACAGGAAGAAGGUUCUGUUCUACUGUCACUUCCCAGACCAGCUGCUGACCCAGAGGAAGUCGGCCCUGAAGAAGCUUUACCGAGCUCCCAUCGACUGGAUGGAGGAACGCACCACGGGCAUGGCUGAUAUGAUUCUGGUAAACAGCCAGUUCACCGCAGGCAUCUUCAGGGAGACCUUUCGUAGUCUGAGCGGAGUCCAGACAGACGUCCUCUAUCCCUCCCUCAACACGAGAACCUUUGACCAGCCGCCCGCCGAAGCUCAAGGCCUGGAAGGGCUCCUCCCUGAGGGAACCUCCUGCCUGUUUCUCUCUCUGAACCGAUAUGAGAGGAAGAAGAAUUUGGGCCUGGCUCUGGAGGCUCUGGCAGCCCUGAGGAGCGGCCUCCCUGCAGGCCUGAGCGCCGGCGUUCACCUGGUGGUGGCGGGAGGCUACGACGACCGAGUUACUGAGAACGUUCAGCACUACACUGAACUCAAAGAGCUAGCAGCGCGGCUCCACUUGGAGGACUGUGUCACCUUUCUGCGUUCCCCCUCCGACUCCAUGAAGGUGGCGCUGCUUCGAGGGAGCGCCGCGGUGCUCUACACCCCCAGCAGAGAGCAUUUUGGGAUAGUUCCCGUGGAGGCCAUGUACUGCUGCUGCCCCGUUAUCGCGGUGAACUCUGGGGGUCCCCUGGAGAGCGUGGCAGACGGGGAGACGGGUUUUCUUUGCGAGCCCACGGCCGAGGCCUUCUCCGGGGCCAUGGAGAGGCUGGUGAGGCAGCCCAACCUCCGCAGGGACAUGGGACAAGCUGGGAGGAAGAGGGUGCGAGAUAAGUUCUCUCUUCAGGCCUUUUCAGACCAGCUGUACGGCUACGUUGUCACACUGAGCCAGUGAUGUGAAGGCUGCAGGAGAGGCAGCGUGAAGAACGAUCCUCUGCUGAACUUUGAAACUGACUGGAUUCUCCUAACAGAGGAUGUAUGUGUUUAUGUGCAGGGAUGUAGGGGGGUAUUAUGAGGACUUAGAGAACAAUUAAUCAGCAUUCCCCUGGAGGGGUUGCUGCGAGGGGGGAAAAAAGGACGGAAUCUCUGUACCAAUUAAGAAAAGAGUAACGAGUUUACCUGUCCUAUCUCUGGAAAAAAUAACUCCCCCUGCAAGUGUGCACGUGGCAACCAGGAGCCGCGCAAAUGAAAAGGAUUGAUUGUUAGAGUGAAAUGCUCUGCACUGUGUGUGUGUGUUUUCACAACAGUAGUCUUUGUCUUUGUGUGUUUUGGGGACGAAGACCAGGAAUGUAGUUAUCACACUCUCAGAUCGAUGGGCGGGAUGCUUUCCACUACUUCCUGUCCGCCCAGAGCUUUGUUCCCCUCGUCGCAUUCAGAAGACGCUGGCCUGUCCAUGACUCCUGCCGCCGCGUGGAGGUUAUUAGCAGAUGAUAGAGAGUGUUUGGCUUUAUUAGAGGUCUGGCUGAUGGGCAGUGCGCCUCUGUCUGGGUCAUUAUCAACGAGGAGAAUAGCAGAAGGUCAUUGUGUCUGGCCUCCUCAGCCUUCCUACUGUAUAGAAAUGCUCUUAUUGACAUUCCUGAAGUCUUAAUAAACACGAGCAAACAUA